UUUUAACAUAACCCUCAAAUCUUUUUUUGUUAUUCUUACAAUGGAACCAAUUCUUGAGAAAGUCUCAGAGCGUUGGCCAGUUCUUGUACAAGCAGCAACAUGGACAAUACUCCUAACGUUCACGGUGGCUUUGGCUUCAUUCGCUCCGGAGAUGGCGUUCGUGUCUCAAAUAUCAUCUUCAGAUGGGUUUGUGAAGAUUCCUAUGGAAGAUGAAAUGGUGAUGGUACCGUCUGAAAUGGUGAAGAAAUCGACUUUUGAUGUUUUUGUUCCGACCAUAUUCGCAGGAGUCAUGGUUGUUGCUUCUGUCUCUUUGUUACGGUCAUGUCUUGGUAUCGAAGGUGUUGUAGAAAUGGAACAAGAACAAUGUUAG